AGAUGCUGGAUGAGCACGCGGCAAGCCUUGAAUCAACCGGAAACCACGUCCUGCGUUUAGAAUCACGACUGCCGCAUUUCAUUUCGCUCUCGGACGACCCGUUUUCCUCCAACAUCACAAUCUACACGUUCAAAGAGGGCAUCACGCGCAUUGGGCGCGAACCACGCCGCAAGAACAACAGCAGCACGGACGACAACAGCGACACGAACAGCAGCAGCAUUGACGUUGAUGACGCGUUUGACGAAGACGAGGAGGAUGAGGAUGAGGAGGAUGAUGACACGCCGCCACAGGACAUCCACAUCUACGGCUUGGGCACGGAGCGAGAGCACGCCAUUAUCGAGUUCAAGGUGGAGCACGACACGGGCAUCAACUCGCUGGUGGAGGUGGUGGUGCUGCACCCCAUCGCGGAGGAGUGCUUUGUGGACGGCGCAAAGCUCGAAGACUCGGUGCAGUUGCGUCAGGGCAACGUGGUGCAGCUGGGCCAGACCAACGUGUUCCGCUUCAACCACCCAACCGAGGCCGCCCGCUUGCGUAAGGAGCUAGGUGCCAGUGGGCGUGGCGCGCAGAAGGGCCUGGGCGCGCUCAAGGCAACGGCUUCCCUCUUCUCCAUGCUCAGCUCAACCUCCGCUGCUACAGCCACGGCGACAAAAAACAGCAGCGCAACCGCUACUGGAGACAAAGCAGAUGGCGUGAACGGCGUUCGUGAUGCAGAGGCGAAGCGCAAGGAGGAAGAGGAACGCAGACGGAAGGAGGAGGAAGAGCAGCGGGAGCGGCAGGCUCGGGAGGAGAGGGAACAGGAGCUGCUGCGCAAACAACAGUCGCUCGAGAACGAACGCGCCAUGCUUCAGGCCGAGAAGGAGCGGGUUGCGCUUGAGCGGCAGCGGCUUGAGGACGAGCGGCGGGCACAGGCGGCUGCGCUGGCAGAGGAGGAGGCCCGAGCGCGCAGGGAGGCCCAGCGGCGGGAGGAGGCCCGACAGCGCGAGCUGGAGAGGGAGAUUCGCGAGCGCGCAGAGCGGGAGGCGAGGGAGGAGAUGCAGAAGCAGCUGAGGGAGACCGAGGCUCUCAGGAGGAAAAUGGAGGAGAUGCGCCGCCAGCUGCAGGCCGGGGCGGAGGCGAAGGAGCGGGAGCUACAGGAGCGCAUUGCGCGGGAGCGGCAGCGGCUGUUGGCGGAGACAAAGGCCAGCCAGCAGGAGAUUGAGGCCAGGGCGCGGCGCGAGGUGGCCAUGGCCCUUGAGGAGGAAAAGCGGAAGCAGGACCAGGAGCUUGAACGAGCACGCGCUGAAGUGCGGCGGCUUGCUGAGGCGCAGGCGGCCGAGACGGCGCAGGCGCGGCAGGAGGCGGAGCAGCGGCUGGCCGCGGCCACGCAGGAGAUUGGCGAGAAGAACGAGCUGGUGCGCAGCCUCAACGCAAUGCUGGAGGCACAGAAGAAGCAGCGGGAGGAGGAGGCGGCACGGGCGGAGCAGGCGCUGCGUGCAGAGGUGAAAGCAAAGGAGGAGGAGCACAGGAAGAUGCUUGAGGAGGCUCGGCGGCACGAGGACAAGCUGCUGGUGGAGAUUGCAGAGCGGGAGGCGCGGGUGCGGGCAGACAUCCAGCAGCAGGCCGUGGCAGACGAGGAGAAGCAGAAGCUGGUGCAGCAGCUCGAGGCAGAGUCGCUUGCGCGGGAGGCGGCGAGCAGGGAAGAGGCGCAGCGCAAGCUGGCAGAGAUGACGGCGCGCAUGCAGCAGGAGCGGACGGAGUUUGAGGAGGAGCGUCGGCGGCGGCAGGAGGCCGAGGCCAAGGCGGCGCGGGAGAAGUGGGAACGCGAGCUGGACGAGGCGUACAACCUGAAGAUGCUGGAGGAGGAGCGGCAGCAGACGGAGAAGAAGCACAAGCGCAACAUGCAGGCGAAGGAGACGUGGAUGAAGCGGUUCCAGCAGCAGCAGUCUGUUGAGCAGAAGCUCAAGGAGGAGACGGAGCUGCUUGCUGAUGCGACGCAGCGAAGGAACGAGGCGGCGAAGGACCUGGCCAAGGCAGACAUCAAGAUGAAGCAGUCCCGGCGGCAGUCGCUGCUGCUGGAGCACGACAUGGACCUGCUGGGAGAAGCGAACGGCGCCGUGUGGGACGAGGAGGACUCCCAUGGUGGCAGUGGUGAUGGUGGUGAUGGUGGUGAUGGUGGUGAUGGUGGCUUGAGCCGAACGGGAGCAGGGAAGCUGGUGGCUUCGUCGCUCUCGCGCUUGGAGGAAGAGAGCCACGCUGACGAUGAUGAUGAUGAUGAUGAUGAUGAUAAUGACGGGAAGCAGGUGAGCGAUGACGACGACACGUCGAGCGAUGAGGAUGAGGAUGUGAUUGACAUCACAACGCCGUCCAAAUCUGGGUACCGUGGCGGGUCUGUUGCAUCGUCCACAUCAUCUGCAGCCCCAAUGACACGCACAUCCACCACCUCCGAGACAUUUGCGCCCAGCCCGAUUGCCAACAACCCGUUCCUUGACCCGUACGUCUCCAAGUACGGCAGCAGCGCGAGUGGGCGCAGCAGCGCAACUGCACCGGCCAUCAAGGCGGCGGCAGCAACGACAACAGCAGCAGCCGGAGGAGGGACGCGGUCGAGGAGUGGCAGCGGCACGGCGCAACGCAGGCCAAGCUCAGCCCCGCACGCUGUGGGCCAGCAACACCAGCAGCAACAGGGCACGCGAUCGCGGCUGCACAGCAAGGCGUCUGCCACGUCGCUCGUGUCGUCUGGUGAUGCGACCAAGUUUGCGAACAACCCGUUCCUGGACCCCAAGAUGGACUCUUCCCAGCGUAGCAGCGCCGCAUCCGUCGCCACAGAGCAGGUGGGAACGCGCAACACAGCGAGAUAG